AUGGAUUCCUCAGAUGUGUCACCACCAUCAUACUCUCAAGUAGAAAAUAAUACUGUAUUCAACAAUCCCAACUGGAAAAUAUGGUAUAAGAAAUUUAUUGAACUUAAAUUUAAUGAAAAUACAGCUAAAGAAUAUGCAUCAAUAUUUGUCAACAAUGAAAUCAACGUCAAUAUGAUAUCUGAUUUGAACGAUGAUAUUCUUCGAUCGAUGGGUAUCGAGAAAGCCGGACAUCGUAUACAAAUUUUAAAAUUAAAACCGUCUCCAUCACAUCAGAAUACAAUACGACCAAUAGGAACAAACUAUCGAUCCCCGGUUGAAUCUCCUCUAGUGGCUCCUCGAUGUGGGUUGCAUACAAAUGUAUCGGCUGUCGAUAGAUGUUGUAGUUGCGGUCGAUAUGUAUGUAUUGACUGUCGUGUACAAAGAGAAGGCUGUUGUAAUGAAAUAAAUACAUACUGUACGGAGUGUGACGGAUGUUGUGCAACACUUGGUUGUACAAUACUUUGA